CGGUCAGUCGUACCCUUCGCUUUGUUUUGCUUCGUAAUUCUCUCUUGGCAUAGAUUCUCUGUUUUGUUCAACUCUGUUUCUCGUAGAGGCAUCGCCGUUUCGCUCUGUUCCUCUAAGAGUUUAGCCAAUCGAGUUUCGGAUUGAAGCUUUUGUUAUAUUACUUCUGAUUUGUAAGGACUUUCCUUCCCCCGAAGGUAGCAAAAAUGAAGACUGCCAAGGGUAAAGGAGCAGCGAAGGCCUCAAAGGAAGCUUUGAAGCCUGCUGAUGACAGAAAGGUUGGAAAGAGGAAAGCUGUAGCUGUUGCUGAUAAGAGUAUCAAACAAAAAGCUAAGAAGGAGAAAAAGGCAAAGAAAGACCCAAACAAACCAAAGAGGCCUCCUAGUGCUUUCUUUGUCUUCCUUGAGGAGUUUCGAAAGACUUUCAAGAAAGAGAAUCCUAAUGUUACAUCUGUAGCUAUUGUUGGGAAAGCUGGAGGAGAGAAGUGGAAAUCGAUGUCUUCUGCUGAAAAAGCUCCAUAUGAAGCCAUAGCUGCCAAAAAGAAGGAUGAGUAUGGGAAACUUAUGAACGCAUACAACAGGAAGCAGGAGAGUACAGCUGAUGAUGGUGAUGCAGAGUCAGACAGGUCAAAAUCUGAAGUGAAUGAUGAAGAUGAUGAGGCUACUGGAGAGGAAGGAGAAGAGGAACAGGAAGUUGAAGAGGAAGAGGAAGAAGAUGAUGAUGAUGAUGAUUGAAAUUGGAUGGUUUUGAUUGUGGGCAUCGUGAUUUAGGGGGAAAGAUUUUUGGAUCUUGUAGAUGUGGAUUGUUAGGUUAUAUUUGGUCUUGUUGAAGUUCAAGCAGGAAGGGAUAUAUAUAUAUAUAACCAAAAAUUUGAAUCAGGAAAAUUAUGUGCCUUGUACCGUUGCUAUGAUGCCUUGCAAGUUACUUGGACACUAAACAUAAGCUAUCUCAGUUUAGCUAAAUGCAAUAUCUAUAGUUAAAAGUCA